AGGGUUUGUAAACCAGAAAGAGAAGUGAGGGCUGCCAAGCAUGGACCGGCUUCCAGGGGAUCAGCAGAGCUGCAGCUCCACGGAUGAGGAUGAGGUCAAUCGCUCCUUUCUCCAGGGGCACUAGAACAACCACUCACUGGGAAAACAAGUUUUGGUGCCAGAGCCUUCAGUGGGUUCCAAGGCUGCUUUUUUGGAGACAGGAUCUAAUAAAGAAUUCACCUGGCCUGGUUUACAGAUGAGGGAGUGGAGGCGAGGAGACCAUGGGUAGCUCCCCAGGUUACGGAAUCAGAACUCGAGUCCACGAAGGAAUCCAGGCUCCUUACCUGGAAAGCCUGCUCUCAGAGGGCCCAUGGAUACAGUACGGAUUGCAGCUGUGGGAGCUGGUGUGGUGGGGCUCUCCACCGCUGUGUGCAUUUCCAAACUGGUCCCGCAAUGCUCCAUUACAGUCAUUUCAGACCAGUUCACUCCCGAGACCACGAGUGAUGUGGCAGCCGGAAUGCUUAUUCCUCCUGUUUAUCCAGACACACCCAUUCACAAGCAGAAGCAGUGGUUUAAAGAGACCUUUGAUCACCUGUUUGCAAUUGCCAAUUCUGCAGAAGCUGAAGAUGCUGGUGUUCUCCUGGUGUCUGGUUGGCAGAUAUUUCGGAGCAUUCCUACUGAGGAAGUGCCAUUCUGGGCUGAUGUGGUGCUGGGAUUUCGAAAGAUGACUGAGGAUGAGCUGAAGAAAUUCCCCCAACAUGUGUUCGGUCAGGCUUUUACGACGCUCAAAUGUGAAGGCCCUGCCUACCUCCCGUGGUUGGAGAAAAGGCUAAAAGGAAGCGGGGGCCUGAUACUCACCCGACGAGUAGAAGACCUGUGGGAGCUUCACCCGUCCUUCGACAUUGUGGUCAACUGUUCAGGCCUUGGAAGCAGGCAGCUUGCAGGAGACCCGAAGAUUUUCCCAGUGAGGGGUCAAGUGCUCAAAGUGCAGGCUCCCUGGGUGAAGCAUUUUAUCCGAGAUGGGAGUGGGCUGACAUACAUUUACCCUGGUAUAUCCAACGUAACCCUGGGUGGAACUAGGCAAAAAGGAGACUGGAAUCUGUCCCCAGAUGCAGAAAUUAGCAAAGGGAUUCUUUCCCGAUGCUGUGCCCUCGAGCCCUCUCUCCAUGGAGCCUGUGACAUAAGGGAGAAGGUGGGCUUGAGGCCCACCAGGCCAGGUGUGCGGCUGGAGAAAGAGCUCUUAGCUCAGGGCAGCCGGAGGCUGCCUGUGGUCCAUCACUACGGCCACGGUAGUGGGGGCAUAGCCAUGCACUGGGGCACUGCUCUGGAGGCCGCCAGGCUGGUGAGCGAGUGUGCCCAAGCCCUCAGGACCCCUGCUCCCAAAUCAAAGCUGUAGGCAUGAAAUGACAGCAAAUGGCCCCAGAAACUAUUAAUCAAAAUAUAAUUUAAGUACCAGAAGAGAUUCAAAUAACUUUUCCAUUGAAUGAAAGUUUAAUUGGACAUGGUUUUGCUUUCAAAAUUAGAAAUGAUGCAAUAUGUAUCAGUAGACUUAAGAUUAGUACUAAUCUAACUUCGUACUAGACUUAAGUCUAGUACUAAUGACAUAGGGCAUAAAGCUCU